CAGUCCGCAACUGGAGGACAGGAGAGGCGUCGCCACUCGACUCGCCCGAAUAACCGGCGAGCGAAGCGCGCGCGAGAGGACGGACGAACGCAUCGGACGAGGCGCCGGAGACGACGGUGGGGGAGGGCGCGCGCCGCGAGGAGGAGGAAGAUGAGGAUGGAGGCGGGGGCGUACUACGCGGCGGCGCCGCACCAGGGCGCGAUGCCGGGGUUCGGCGGGGCGGUGGACGAGCAGCAGGCGGCGGGGGUGGGGAUCCUGCUGCAGAUAUCCAUGCUGGUGCUCUCCUUCGUGCUCGGACACCUCCUCCGCCGCCGCAAGUUCUACUACCUGCCCGAGGCCAGCGCAUCCCUUCUCAUCGGAAUGAUUGUUGGAGGGUUUGCUAACAUAUCAAACACUCAGAAAAGUACUAGGAGAUGGUUCAAUUUUCGGGAGGACUUCUUCCUUCUCUUUUUGCUUCCUCCAAUUAUAUUUCAGUCAGGGUUCAACUUAGCACCAAAACCAUUCUUUUCAAACUUCGGCGCCAUCAUAACUUUCGCAAUCCUGGGAACCUUCAUUGCUUCCAUUGUUACGGGUCUUCUAGUCUACCUUGCUGGGUUAAUAUUCAUCAUCUAUAGGUUGCCUCUGGUCGAAUGUAUGAUGUUUGGUGCUCUUGUGUCGGCAACAGAUCCUGUAACUGUUUUGUCUAUAUUUCAGGAACUUGGCACCGAUGUGAACCUCUAUGCUCUUGUUUUUGGAGAAUCGGUUCUAAAUGAUGCUGUGGCUAUAUCCUUGUACAGGACCAUGGCAUCAAUGAGGACAAGUUCUUCCGGCCAGAAUAUUUUCCUAGUUAUCUUGAGGUUUCUUGAGAACUUUGUUGGUUCUAUGUCAUCAGGCGUUGGAGUUGGGCUUGUUUCUGCUCUCCUCUUCAAGUAUGCAGAACUUGGUGUAGAGAACUUACAUAAUCUGGAGAGUUGCUUGUUUGUGCUUUUCCCUUACUUCUCGUACAUGUUAGCUGAAGGCCUUGGCCUGUCUGGCAUUGUUUCCAUUCUCUUUACCGGGAUUGUGAUGAAGAGAUAUACAUUUUAUAACUUGUCAGAAGAUUCUCAGCGUUUUACUGCUCGUUUUUUCCAUUUGCUUUCAUCACUAGCAGAAGCAUUCAUAUUCAUAUACAUGGGGUUCGAUAUUGCAAUGGAACGUCAAAGCUGGUCUCAUAUUGGAUUCAUAUUUUUCUCAAUUGUCUUCAUAUUAGUUGCAAGGGCUGCAAAUGUCUUCUCUUGUGCAUACAUAUUGAAUUUGGCACGACCACCAAAUUCCCAAAUACCUAGGGAAUAUCAGCUGGCCCUCUGGUAUAGCGGACUUAGAGGAGCUAUGGCUUUUGCCCUUGCUCUUCAGUCAGUUCAUGAUCUUCCUGACGGGCAUGGGGAGACAAUUUUCACCGCUACGACAUCUAUUGUUGUUCUAACUGUACUUCUGAUUGGAGGUUCAACUGGAACAAUGCUCGAAGCCCUACAAGUAGUCGGGGAUAGUAACCGUUAUCGGCACCCGUACGAGGAGAAUUUUGAGGGAAGCAGUGAGGAAGGGACACCUAGUAAGAGCAAAUUCCAAUUGAAACUCAGAGAUCUCCGGAGAAGCACUUCCUCUUUUGCUUUAUUGGACAGGAAUUAUCUCACUCCCAUUUUUACCUCUCAACACGAGGACGAUGAUGAUGAUGACGACAACGACGAUGAUUCUUCAGGUGAAGUGUUGGGGAUACCCAGGCCCAGCGCCUAGAUGUUGGGAAGGCUAUAGCUAAUGACUGCAAGCGCAAAGUGACCGGGUUUUUGGCGGAUUUACGCAAAGAAGCUCUCAGGAGCUGGUGAGACUGCCACGUGUCAGACCAAGGGCCAUAGUUGGGCAGUGGUGUUUAGGGACAUUAGGGUAGUUGUUUAGCAUGUGCUAGGAAAGAGUACCAUAGACAGAAACUUGCUAGGCUUUCUUUUUCUAGGGACCAAGGAGGCACGGAAUUUUGUUCUUCCAGUUGAGAAUAUGCAAGUACGUACGAGUAGCAUUUUGCCUUCCUAUGUAACAGUACCAGUUGCGGGUUCAUCGGAGUUUUGACAAAAACUUUUCUGCCUGCGUUGAGAGAA